CGCGUUUCGAAAUUCUGCUCUUGUCUCCUUUGCGCUCGCCGUAGUUCCUCCCCAAGAUGGCGGCUGCCGGUGACGUGCCGGUUCGAGUUUGCAACCAAGAGAUCGUGAAAUUCGACCUCGAGAUUAAGGCGGCGGUGCAGGACAUUCGAGAUUGUAUGGGACCUGUAAGUACACUUACAGAACUGAAUGCCAAAGUAAAGGAAAAGUUUCAGCAUUUACGGCUUAGAAUACAGGAGCUUGAGCAGAUGGCGAAGGAACAAGAUAGAGAAUCAGAAAAGCAGGCAUUGCUCCAAGAGGUAGAGAACCAUAAGAAGCAAAUGCUCAGCAAUCAGACAGCCUGGAGGAAGGCAAAUCUAGCUUGCAAAAUUGCCAUUGACAAUGCAGAGAAAGAUGAACUGCUUCGAGGUGGAGAUCCUUUACGACAAAGAAAAACUACAAAGGAAAGUUUGGCAGAGGGGGCCAGUAACAUCACAGAGAACCUGAUGGGUAUUAGCAGGAUGAUGUCUCAGCAGGUACGGCAGAGUGAGGAGACGAUGCAGACCUUAGUCAGUUCUUCACGAACCAUUCUGGAUGCCAAUGAGGAAUUCAAAUCCAUGUCUGGGACAAUACAGCUGGGACGGAAGCUCAUUACCAAGUACAACCGCAGGGAGCUGACGGAUAAACUGCUCAUCUUUCUCGCCCUUGCCUUGUUUUUGGCCACCGUGCUUUACAUCCUGAAGAAGAGACUGUUCCCCUUUUUGUAAAAUUCUCAAAUGAGGAGAGGAAGCAGGACAGUGAGGAAGGGUGAAUGGAGGCUUUCUUACAAAGACCUGACACUCUUCUAAUCAGGAGAACCUUCACAAACAUUCACAAACAGAACAUAUUAGCAGUCUGUGAAGAUUUAGACUUGCUUAUGUAAGCUAAAUGAGCUGCAGGUUAGGGCAAGGAACAAUAAGAAUCUGACCUGUUUCUCUGAGAGUGGCAGGUGUCAGUUCUGAAGUGGAUGGUGGAAGACAUAUUAAGCCUCUCUCUUGUCUUUCGCUUGGAAUGUGUAUUCCACAUCCUUCCUCCAGAUAUCGGUUCCUGAGAGGAGGGGGACGGUAUUACUAAAAAUACACUUAGAUACAUUCCUUUAAUAAAGUGUAUUUGAAUACAGAUAGAGCAGGGAGUCCUGUUUUUUAAAAGAAAAAUGCCUUAUGAACUGAAGGAGAAAACGUUGCCCUUUAAGUUACAAAAAUGACUUUUACUUCAGUUGUUUCCACAAAUGAAAGGAGCAACGAGGUGAGUUCUAAAAUCUUUCCAUAACUGGCAUUAUUGUAAAUGUAUCUUCCUUUACCCAUCUAUUUAUCUUAAGGGUGCAGCUCAGGUCAGUCUGUUUGCUUCAUUCCGAGAUUUGCUUUGGAGGCCUAAUGAGGAUCUUUGGAUAGAGAUGUAAAUUGCUUGGCAUAUCAGCUCCUGAAACUUCCCUGUCCCUUUCCUGUUCCCUCGUCAGUUUAAAAGUCAUUGGGAUAUCGUGCAGGAUUACAAGUUGGUGGCAUCAUCCAUCCCUUCCUAGCUGCACCACUGCAGUCCUGUGAGCAUGGAAGGAAAUCCCUGUAAGACACUAUAGAGCCCCUCUCCUCCUUCCCUGUUGGCUCUCAACAGGGUGCACAAUGUCCUAAGCACGCAGGGUUGUCUUCAGUGUUGGGCCAGCAGCAUUCCACUGACGCGACAGGACUUCCACGUUCUCUCCUCCCCCUGCACUGCCUCUAAAUUUGUUCUGGAUGGUCCUCCAACCCUCCAGACUUGGUCUUGUGGUGGGCAGCUGGAGGGAACAAGAGGAAGAAGUUUGCUCCAUGGACGUCUGCUGUGCCAGUGGAACUGCAGCAUCAGAUACCGUCCACAGCCAUGACACACAGAUGGCCAUGAGCUGAGCCCAAAGCUAUGGGUGCAGGCUAUGGUAACACGGCAUGAGUUGCUUGCUUCCUGGGCUCCGGUCUAAGCUGGGCCACUGGCUGCUAUGAGCAGCAUUUUUCAUUUCAGGUAAUGGCUGAACAUGUUGCCAUGCGCCCCAAACCAAGUUGCUGAGUAGAGAAGGAUGAUCUCAGCUGUUAACUGUUCUGCAUAUACGCACAGCUCUGCACCCAUGAUAGAUUUAUUUGUUUAUUAUUAUUAUAUUAUUAUUAGCCUGCCCUUCCUCUCGAAGGAGACCGGGGCAGCAAGCACCAAAAAGCUAAUACAGGUACAAAUAAAAUAAAAUUUAAAAUGUUUAAAACAUUUUUAAAAGACUCUGCAUUGCACUGCAUAAUUUAGGUCGGCAAUGUGGAAACAACCUAGAAAAAAAGUUUUCAUCCAUUAAUAGUUUUUGUUCAAAAGUGUUUGACACUACUGAUGCAAUUCCAACAUUGUGUUGUUGCUCAGCAAACAAUGUGGAUCAUUUUUCUUUAUGAAUGCCAUUCUUUGGGGGGCUUUCGAAUAUGGAUUUGAUCAAAAGAUGAAAGCAGACAUGCAUAUCUUCAUUAUCAGCACUACUGCAUGGUAGUGUAAUGUAUUUAUUAAAAUCACAAAUUAUAAAAACAAA